UCCAACAUUCCUUUGUAAAUGCAGGUUCUGGUGAAAAGAAAACAGGAGAUUUGAGUAAGUGGACUGACCACAUGGACAGCGGCAUGAUAGAGGAGAGUCCGGAGUUUGCUGACAUAUGAUAAAGAAAAAAGGAGAAGAGCAAAGGAGAAGACCUUGCUUAUCCCAGCCAGAGAUUCCAUGGCAGAACCCAGGAUGUCUCAAGUAAAAGGCUUGAGCUGGAGGUAACCAUAAGACAUCUGGUGUUUCCAGGUUCCAGGUUCGACAUGGUCUACUGGACCACUCUUCUGGUAACAUGUGUCUGGGUUCAGGCAAUGGUAAUGGUCUCUUCGGACACUUGUCCUUCCACCACCCUUGUUGCUGUCAACUUCUCCAUCUCUUACCCCAUGCCCUUCUUCCAGACUAGGAACCCUAUCCAGAACAUCGCAAUCAACCCUGUGUAUCACGAGAUCUAUUUGGCCUCUCAGAAUCUCAUUGAGGCAGUGAACAGCACUCUGGGUAAAGUGUGGGAGUUGUGCACGGGACCCGUGGGCAGUCCCGAGUGCAAGUUGUGCAGUCUCUGCGACAUUGAGAAGGAUCCACUUCCAGAGGAUACGGAUAACGAAGUCUUGCUUUUGGAUACAUACCUCAUGUACCUUUAUUCCUGUGGAAGCUCUCAGUACGGAGUAUGUUACUUCCACCAGCUCAAUGAGAGUGGCCAACCACUCGGACCCUCUAAGUGUCUUUUCCGGAAGGAAUUCAAUUCUCCUGCCUUCUGUCCAGAUUGCAUUGCGAGCCCUUUGGGCACUAAGGUCAGCAUGGUGGAAGAGGGCCAGACGGUGUACUUCUACGUGGCCGCCACCGUCAACGACAGUGUCACACAACGCUACGGCCGCAAGUCUGUGUCAGUUCGCCGACCUUUGGCCACAGAAGAUGGCUUCCAUCCGGAUUUCCAAGGCCUGACUGUCCUGCCGAAGCUUCGGCGGGCAUACAGCAUUGAAUAUGUCUACAGCUUCUCCACAGCAGACUUUGUCUACUUCCUGUCUGUACAGAGGGAGAAAGCUGACCAGGAUUCUUCGCCAUACCAAACGAGAUUGGGCCGCCUACCUCGACAUGAGUGGGAGACCAGGAGGUACAGGGAAGUUGUGUUGGAGUGCCGUUUUGAACCCAAACGAAGGCGGAGGAGGAACGCCAGCGAGGCCUUCAAAGAUAUCGUCUACAAUGUGGUGCAGGCAGCGCAUUUCGGCAAGGCCGGCCGAGAGUUGGCUGACGAGCUGGGCGCCGAAGAAGAGGACGACAUCCUGUACGGUGUUUUCGCUGUCACAGACGACUCAGGGGUUCCAGAGCACGACUCAGCACUCUGUGCCUUCCCCGUGGACUCUGUGAACUUGUUCAUAGACGAAGGUGUGGAGGACUGCUGUAAGUCCGGCCCGGAGCAGCUCUCCAGGGGCCUGUGCCACUUCCAGCCCUGCGAAAGCUGCCCACAUGAGAGCAUGGAGCACAACGCCAGUUGUAGAGACCAGCCCACGCUGGUGGCCCAGCCAUAUUACAGAGUGGACCUCUUCAACAGGCAGAUGAGGGACACACUGCUGACCUCUCUGCUGGUCACCAGGAUUGAGAACAAGACUCUGGCUCACAUAGGUACAGCAGACGGCAGACUGCUGCAGCUCGUCUUGCGGAGAUCCAGUCCGAUCAUCUUUGCUAACUACUCUCUAGUGGAGAACCAGAGGGUUUCUGCCACCGCCGCUGUUCUUUCACCAGACCACCUGCUCUUUGUAGUGGGGGACAAGAUGAUUCAGGUGCCUCAGAGGGGUCCAGGGUGCCGUCACUUCCUCACGUGCUCCGCCUGCUUGACCGCACCCUCGUUCAUGGCCUGCGGCUGGUGCUCCGGACACUGCAGCCGCAAAUCCGAGUGUGCGGCAAACUGGGCCAAAGAAUCCUGCCCACCUGUCAUCACACAGUUCUUCCCAACAACAGCGCCCUUUGAUGGUCAGACAGAGUUGACUCUAUGUGGGUGGGAGUUCCAGUCACCCCAGAGGCCGGCCAUCAGCACCAGGACCCAUGAGGUGAAGCUCGGAGAGACGGCUUGCGUGGUCCAACCGGCCAAGAGCAACAGUACGCUGCUGACGUGUAAGAUUCGCUCUGCAGCGUCUGAGCCGCUGUUUCGGCCGGUUAACCUCACAGCAAGGGUUCAUGAGGGUCGAGUGGAGGGCCCGUACUCCAUUGAGGGAAAAGCUGAGAUGCCUGGUUUCACUUUUGUGCUGCCAAACAUCACUGAGGUGCAGCCGGAUUAUGGGCCAGUGAACGGAGGAACUCUGAUCACCGUCACUGGACCCUACCUGCACUCAGGGAGGAACCGCAAGGUCACUCUGGAUGGAGAAAGCUGUCAAAUCCAUCAUGUAUCGGUAAUUCGGGGGAACUUGUCCUCCAUCGUAUGUUUGUCCCAGCCGGUCACUGAAGUGAAGGAUGUGGUGCUGCAGGUCUAUGUCGAUAAGUCCCGCGUUGUCACCACCAGAGUGUUUCGCUACAAGGAAACUCCGGAAAUCCUCUCUGUCCUGCCCGACUGCAGCUUCGACAGCGGGUCGAUAAUCACCAUUGAAGGGAAGAACCUGGACUCAGUCUACAGAACCAUCAUCCACUUUAAACCCAAAGAAAGCCACUUGAAACCUGUUUCCACUGAGUGCCGGGGAAAGGCCAAGCCGAACCGUAUGGAGUGUGUGACACCAGGCUUCCACAGAGAUGAGACAGAGGAGGGGGAGCUGUCGUUUGACAUGGACGGAGCUCUGGGCCUGUGGAAGCAGGACUUCUCCUACCAUCCCUACGGCCGGCCAAUUCCAUUUGAGACUGAAGGACACAUCCUCCAACUAUACCCAGGCUUUGAUGAAGUCUCCUUACACCACCAGAAGCUAAACCUGGUUAACUCCUGCAUGAAGAUCACCAUGACGGUCGGAGGAGUGGACUGUGGGGCGAAGGUUCUGGAUAAUGAGAUCACUUGCCGAAUCCCCAAAAACCUCACAAUCCCAAAUGAGGGCUUGCCUGUGAAGAUCACAGUUAACGGCCACGUCCACAACGUGGGCACCGUUACGUUAGUCAGUAAUCACUACAUGGUGGCUGUCGUCCUCGGCAUUCUUACAGCUCUGGUUGUUGGAGCAGUGCUGGCCUUCAUCACCAUGAAACACCUGAAGAAGAAGAAGACAGAUUCUCUGGCUGAGAGCCGGCUGUCCCACUAUUCCCACAACCACAGUCUCACAGGGAAUGGCAGCGUGGAGCUCCUGCCUAUUGGAGACUACAGACGAGGUGAAAUACCACUCAGUACGACCCCUGUGGCCUCUGGGGCAGUGGCGUUUCCUGGCCUGGCCUAUGCCAGCACGUUGGACCCAAGCCUAACACCCCUCAUGCCUCCGGAGAAAAUCUCCAUUACAAACUUCCGGCCGGAGCUCCUGGAGGAGGUGAAGGACGUGCUGAUCCCAGCGGCCAUGCUCAACAUUCAGCAACAUCAGAUCAUCGGCAAAGGUCACUUUGGUACAGUUUAUCACGGUUAUCUCACUGACCACAUCAACAGGGAGAUCCACUGUGCUGUGAAGUCUCUAAACAGAAUAACAGAUGUGGAGGAGGUGGAGCAGUUUUUGAAGGAGGGUAUUCUGAUGAAGGGUUUUCACCACAGUAACGUUCUGUCUCUACUGGGCGUCCUGCUGCCUGAUGAAGGGCUCCCCCUGGUGGUUCUGCCGUACAUGAAGCACGGAGACCUGCGCCACUUCAUCCGCUGUGAGAACAGAAACCCCACUGUGAAGGACCUGAUCGGCUUUGGACUUCAGGUUGCUAAGGGGAUGGAAUAUUUGGCAAUGAAGAAAUUUGUGCACAGGGACUUAGCUGCCCGCAACUGCAUGCUAGAUGAAUCGUACACAGUGAAGGUGGCAGACUUUGGGAUGGCCCGAGACGUGUUUGAUAAAGAGUACUACAGCAUUCAGGACCACAGGAAGGCCAAGCUGCCAGUCAAGUGGAUGGCCAUUGAGAGCCUGCAGACACAGAAAUUCACAUCCAAAUCUGAUGUGUGGUCCUUUGGGGUUCUGAUGUGGGAGCUGUUGACUCGUGGAGCAAGUCCGUACCCUGAGGUCGAUCCAUAUGAUGUCACUCAUUACCUGUUAAGGGGUCGGAGGCUGCCUCAGCCACAGUACUGUCCAGAUCCACUGUUUACUAUAAUGCUGCAGUGUUGGGACCCAGAUCCGGAGAGAAGGCCGAGCUUCACUACGCUGGUUUCUGCGGUAAUGGCCAUUCUGUCCAGCCUGGAGGGAGAACACUACAUCAGCCUGAAGGUCACAUACGUUAACCUGGAUCAACCGCGGCCUUAUCCUGCCCUCACCGACUCCGCAGAUGAGUACGAGUCUUCAGAUGCAGAGGAGGUGGGAUCAGCCUCCGUCUGAUUGGCCCGGAGCGCUGUUAUUCACAAUUAAGUAGCAGUGGAGCUGGAAUUUACAAGCUACUGAAUAUGGUUUUAAAAGAGGAUGGCUUUUUGUACCAUAGAUGAAAGAAUAUAAGGGAAAGAUUGGAAGGUCAUUCCCUCAUUCGCUCCCGGUCAUGGAGAACAACUCAUCAUUAGUGAGGUUCAGAGUAUGUGAGUGGAGUGGAGCGGCAGACAUUUCCACUCCUUGCUCGAACCGUUCUGUAAUCACUCCACUCCAGCUCCACUCUGGGUUUUCUGUUUCAUGCUCUUGACUCAUGUCAGAGAAACCCUGGUCCGUGUCUGCUCCAUAUGAUUCGUUCUUAUGAUAUUUAUUUUCUGUCUUGAAAUGUGUGGACAAGACGCACUUUACUUCGUUAAUUAUAUAAUUUAUGGCAGUUAUAAAACAAAAAACUAGCUCAUCAUUCUGUGCUACAUAGGCUUUAUUUUGGAAGGUAUAGGCUUGAGAUGAAAAGGCUGCUGAGGGUAAACAAACCCACAUGCUUUAAAGACCAUUUUCUUUAUAAUUCAUGCAGAUAAAUGGACGACUGACUCUGUGUAAUGUCUGUAGAACUUUCUUGUGAUCAGUGAGAAUUUCCAGUAAGUAGAUCAGCCCUGCAGCGCAGACAGUGUGUAUGAAUGGCCGUUGUGUGUGAGCUGUCCGCAUCACUUGUGCCACACAUAGGUAGUCAGUGUGGAAAAACGGACCGUCUGGCUCACAGGAUGGAGCGAUUUUGGAGCGAGAGAGAAAACUGAUGAAAAUCCGACUUUCUGAACAGCCGCUCGGAUACUCUGGAUAGGAUAGAGCUUCCAGAAAGCUGCUCAGAGCAGUACGCUUGGUCAGUGUCAACAUCUUUGACCACUGAUAUCAUGUUUGCAUUGAGAUGGCGCUUAAAGACUGAGUGUUUAACGGUGCAAAAAAGCCGUCCGGUGAACAUUGUUGGAGCACCAAAUACAAACCUGGCAUCUAGAUGGAAGAAGUACACAAAACAGUCAUGAGGUCCAAUGCAAAGAAAGAGUCGUUUUUGCACAAUGGAAAAAGAUUCUUUAAAAGAUAUUUAAAAUCACAGUGAAUCACAAAUCAUAACUUUUUUCUCUCCGUACUGUAACGUAUUUCCAAGUGAAAGUCACUGUAUCAGUGAGGAUCUUUGAUCGAUUCACCAAAGUCUUUAUAGGAAAGUUUCCUUUCUCCUUGAAUGGGGGGAAACCUAUGAACCUGAAACUGAAAACCACGUUAAAGUGUCAGAAACAUAUUUGAAAUCAAAAUCAAGUCAGAAAUUGCAUUUUAGUUUGGCUCAAAAUUUUCAGGUUAUUCUGGCUACUUCGCAUGCACAAUGCAUCGCCACAAUGAGGAAGGGCUUUUCCUGCUUAUGGCUUAGUGAACGAGUCAACUGGCAGUUUUUAUUGAAAGAUUCUCUGCAUAAACAUAAUUGUGUUUGUUAAAAAGAAAUAAUGUAUUAGAGAUUUUGAAAAAAUUGUAUAAUCCAACCCUACUGCACAGUGAUCAUUAGCAUAGCUAGCACACAGUUAUCUUUCCUAUGGGAACUGUAUGCUAGUGAACAUUUAAUGGCUUUGAACACAUCUGAUUGAGCUCAUCAGCCCUUUACCAAGGCUUUCCGCAGCUGAAUGGUGUGUGUCAGAGUAAUGUAAACAGUGCAGUGCUGUUCUAGUUUGGGACUGGAAUUGAAGAAAGUUGUUGCGAGGCUUUAGGAAAGACUAACAUUGGGAGAAGUAAAACCAUCACUUACUGCAGGGUGUACAAGAAAGAGCUGAAUGAAAUGGAGAACUAGAGCUAUUAGCUAAAGACAGUAAGAACUAGAGCUGUUCGCUAAAGACAGUAAGAACUAGAGCUGUUCGCUAAAAACAGUAAGAACUAGAGCUGUUUGCUAAAGACAGUAAGAACUAGAGCUGCUUGCUAAAAACAGUUAGAACUAGAGCUGUUCGCUAAAGACAGUAAGAACUAGAGCUGCUUGCUAAAAACAGUAAGAACUAGAGCUGUUCGCUAAAGACAGUAAGAACUAGAGCUAUUAGCUAAAGACAGUAAGAACUAGAGCUGCUCGCUAAAGACAGUAAGAACUAGAGCUGCUCGCUAAAGACAGUAAGAACUAGAGCUAUUAGCUAAAGACAGUAAGAACUAGAGCUGUUCGCUAAAGACAGUAAGAACUAGAGCUGUUAGCUAAAGACAGUAAGAACUAGAGCUGCUCGCUAAAGACAGUAAGAACUAGAGCUGCUCGCUAAAGACAGUAAGAACUAGAGCUGCUCGCUAAAGACAGUAAGAACUAGAGCUGCUCGCUAAAAACAGUAAGAACUAGAGCUGUUCGCUGAAGACAGUAAGAACUAGAGCUGCUUGCUAAAAACAGUAAGAACUAGAGCUGCUCGCUAAAGACAGUAAGAACUAGAGCUGCUUGCUAAAAACAGUAAGAACUAGAGCUGCUUGCUAAAGACAGUAAGAACUAGAGCUUUUCACUAAAGACAGUAAGAACUAGAGCUGUUCACUAAAGACAGUAAGAACUAGAGCUGUUCGCUGGUGAAUAUGAAAACUAGCGCUGGUAGCAGGUGUAAAUAGGAACUAGCACUAUUAGCUGGUGGAGAUGAAAGAGUGCUGUUAACUGAUGGAAAUCAGAUCUAGCGCCAUUAGCUGAAGAGAAUAAGCACUAGCGCCAUUAGCUGAAGAGAAUAAGAACUAGCGUUAUUAGCUGAAGAGAAUAAGAACUAGCGCCAUUAGCUGAAGAGAAUAAGAACUAGCGCCAUUAGCUGAAGAGAAUAAGAACUAGCGCCAUUAGCUGAAGAGAAUAAGAACUAGCGCCAUUAGCUGAAGAGAAUAAGAACUAGCGUUAUUAGCUGGUGAAAUGGAGAACUAGCACUAGUAGCAGAUGAAAAUAAUAACGUGCUGUAAGUUGAUGAUGUACACUUUCUCUAAUGAUUUGAUAAACACGCACAUCUUUUAUAUCCAUACAGUAGGAGACAGUGUUCGCACUUAUAAUGUUACACUGAUGUGUCUGAAGCUGGAAAUACCACUUAAAGGAAUAUUUCACCUGAAAACACCAGUGUGGCUAAUAGUGAAUGGAAGCUUGUGAGGGCAAGUGAGCAUGAUCCUGUUAACUUAGUGCUGACUGACUCCCAAUCGCUUUCGGUUGUUUUCAGUGAAUAAAAGUUAGUGAGAGGUUGUGCUUCGUCUUCAUUCCUGUUCAUGAUGUUCGUGGACAGGGUGUCAAGGGGUAGCCGUCAUUUUGGCUCCAUCUUAUGGACGCCUCCAGCGCUCACUGGGUGAAUGGUUGGUAUGCAGAUUCGCACCUCACCUUCAAGUCUAAGUCCAUGGUCCAGCCCUAUCGGCUAGACUGUAGCCCGCCACCCUGUGUAGAAAGCUCAUUUCUGCUGCUUAUGUCCAUGAUCUCAUUCCCAAAGCUCAUAACCUCAGGUGAGAGUUGGGAUGUAGACCAACCAGUAGACAGAGAGUUUUGCCUUAUGGCUCAGCUUCCUCUUCAACACUACAGUCCAGGACAAUGACUCCAGUACUGCUGCCGCCUGUCCCAGCCUGCGGCCGAUCUCAAUCCCUCUUCCCAUCACUCGUGAACAAAACCCCGAGAUACUUACUCCCCCACCUUACCUGGAGUGGGCAUGCAAACCUUUUCCGGGUGAGGAGCUCGGUUAUCCCGGAGGAGCUCAAAGUAGAUCUGCUACUCCUCCACAUUAAGAGGAGCCAGUUGAGGUGGUUCGGGCAUCUGAUCCAGAUACCCCCUGGCUACCUCCCAGUGGGGGUUUACCAGGCACGGCCCACUGGGAUGAGACCCUGAGGUCCUCCUAGGACCCGCUGGAGGGAUUAUAUCUCCAAGUUGGCCUGGGAAUGGCUCAAAAUCCCCAGGAUGAGCUGGAGGAGGUUGUGGGGGACAGGGCUGUCUGGAAUUCUCUGCUUUCCCUAAUGCUACCAUGAGUCUAGCUGGACCAAGCGGUUUAAGAGAAUGACAGAAUGAAAACUAACCGACUUCCAUUAGCUCUCAGUCAAAAUUAGCAUGUGUUUUUGGUGAAAAGGGAACGCUUGGACUACUUGAGCUGUAGCUAAUGUAUAUUUUGGCACAUAUGUCUGUAAGUAAUUUUUAUAUUUGGAAAUAGUGUGUAGUAUUUUGUUUUGUUCUUUUUUUUUAGACUCCAGUUUUAGUUUCAUGUGAAAGAUGCAUAAAUAAAUGACAUAUAUCUGCUUUCCGUGUCCAGUGCCGUUUUAAUUUGAAUCCAGUGCGAUUCCCUUUAUUUAGAGCAAAGUAAGAAUUUUGUUUAGGAUUAUGUCACAGUAAUUUAUUUUAACUCCCGUAAUUCAAAUUUAUUAUGGGUUUUUUGAUAAGCACUGUUUAUUUGGAGACCUUCUCAUGCCUGUUCUGACCUUGAUACUAGAUGAAGUACUCAGAUUUAGUGAAAAAAGUGUCUGUAAGUGUCGUUCAUGCUGUAGUACAGAUAUCUGAAUAAAAACACUAUGGAAAGAA